UAGCCCCGCCCCCCGCCUGCCCUCCUUCCCUCCUCCCCUUUUCCCUUCUGUCUUCCAGCUCGCUCGAGGCCGCGGGUGCUGAGCUGGGGUUCAGUCUCACCGGAGGGGAGCCGAGAUGGAGCCGACGGCGGCGCAGCUGCUGCGCUUCGGAGGAUGUGGCCUGCUAAGAAGAAAAUUCCUGACAUGCCCAUCCUAUUGGAGAACUUCUCGUUUCUUAAAAUCUUCCCAAUCAGAAGCUUUAUAUAACAUACCAAAUAAUGGGGUAAUAUUUGCUCCACUUCAAACAUUUACAGAAGAGGAAAUGAUGAUUAAAAACAUGGUUAAAAAAUUUGCAGAGAAACAAAUUGCUCCUUUUGUGGCAGUAAUGGAUGAAAAUUCACAAAUGGAAAAAUCAGUAAUAGAAGGAUUAUUUCAACAAGGGUUGAUGGGUAUUGAAAUUGAAACAAAGUAUGGAGGGACAGGAGCUUCAUUUUUUUCCUCUAUCUUAGCAAUAGAGGAAUUAGCAAAGGUUGAUGCAUCUGUAUCUGUUUUAUGUGACAUCCAGAAUACAUUAAUCAACACCCUGAUUAGAAAAUGCGGGACAGAAGAACAAAAGGCAACCUACUUGACCAAGCUAGCUAAAGACACAAUAGGAAGUUUUUGCCUUUCUGAGGCUCAGGCUGGCAGUGAUGCAUUUGCUUUAAAGACUAAAGCUGAGAAGAAGGGAGACUAUUAUAUCAUCAAUGGCUCAAAAAUGUGGAUUAGCAAUGCAGAAUAUGCAGGAAUUUUUCUGGUCAUGGCAAAUGCUAAUCCUAAUGUGGGUUACAAAGGAAUUACAUGUUUCAUAAUAGAUCGUGAUACAGAGGGACUUCAAAUAGGGAAAAAAGAAAACAAAUUAGGAAUCAGAGCAUCUUCCACCAGUACAUUGAUAUUUAAUAAUGUUAAGGUACCAGUAACUAAUAUCCUAGGACAACUUGGCCAUGGGUACAAAUAUGCCAUUGGAAUGCUUAAUGAAGGAAGAAUAGGAAUUGCUGCACAAAUGUUAGGACUGGCACAAGGAUGUUUUGACCACACUAUUCCAUAUCUUAAAGAAAGAAUGCAAUUUGGUAAAAGGAUAUUGUCUUUUCAGGGAAUUCAACAUCAAAUAGCUCAAGUGGCCACGCAGCUUGAGGCUGCAAGAUUGCUGACAUACAAUGCUGCCAGGCUUUCAGAAACUGGAAGACCAUUUAUAAAAGAAGCAUCUAUGGCAAAAUAUUUUGCAUCAGAGGUUGCUGGACUGACAACUAGUAAAUGCAUAGAAUGGAUGGGUGGAGUAGGGUAUACCAAAGAUUUUCCAAUGGAAAAAUACUUCAGAGAUGCAAAGAUUGGUACAAUAUAUGAAGGAACAUCAAAUAUCCAGUUAAAUACCAUAGCAAAAUUUUUAGAUCAAGAAUACUGAAAGUCACAAGAAUAAGAAGACUGUUACUGAAGCCACAUAUGUAAAACAUAAAUCGAGUGCCUUAUAUGGGAAACAGUGGAAUAUUUUCAAGCUGGAAUAAUCUUUUGCACUGCUUAUAUUCUUUUGGAAUAUAUUAGAUCUCUGCUCUUGCUUGUCACCAGUGAUUUAAAACAGGCAGCUUUGCUUCAUGAUGUACAAAGGUUCCUUUUCCCAACAUUUGACAAAAGUAA